UGCAAAUGCGUGGGUCUACGUUUAGAAGGUGUGGCUGGUAAACAAAAUGGCGUUCUUGUCUUCUCCUCCUUUAGGAUUCUCAGAGGCUGUGGGCAUGUUGAAUGCUCUACCACAAGGUCUACUAGCUGAAAUGUCGCAGGACGUCAUUGCUUUCCUUCAGUAUCAGUCUGGGUUCAUAAACACAGCACAACAUGAAAUGUCUAUACAAAAAAUAGCUCCGUCAAUAUCUACUCCAAUUAAUGCCCAGUCUUGCAUCAAUGCUCUUACAUUUAUCUUUAGGUCUGCAGCUACAGAGAAAUCCUCGGCCGAAGCUUUUGCUAAGCAGUUGAAAAACUCUCCGCUAUUUUCCGAAAGUUCUGCAGCAGUUUUAAGACAAGUUUGGGAGACGGAAGGCCCAUCUCUUGUAGCCCUUCCUAAAACAGCUCUCUCUGUUGGCGAGUUAGUGUCCAUGGAUUGGAAACUGGGCGUGGCUAUGAGCUCCAAUGGUUGCAAGGCUCUUAAUGUACCCUACGUCACAUUACAAUUGAAAGUAAUGGAGUCACCUGGAGAGGUCAAAGUCCAUUCCAUUGAACUAAGUUUAAAACAAUUCCAAAAUUUUGCUGCUCAGCUUAAAGAUAUGUCAAAUGCACUUGAGACUGUAUAGAUACAAUUUAAUGCAACAAAAUAGUUAUACUAAAUAAUACUGAUUAUAUUUGUUGAUUUUAUUAAUAUCUCUUCCUCUCUCUCUCUCUCUCAUUUGUACUUUCGU